AUGUUUUAUACCUUCUUCGGCCAUGAUGGACCUUCACGUCUUGGUGUUCCCUUGUUCGCUACUGUGGCAGAUGUUCGUAACGGUGCUGGCUGGUCUCUUACAUCAGCAAGAUCUGAUAAACAGCUACAGCUUCUAGCCUUUGUAUCUACCUUGGCUCUAAAUGAUGCUUCUGACGUACCUCAUUGGUAUGUCAAUGGAAGAUUGCAGAAGGCUUUCGUGUCCAAGUCGGUAUGGAACGUGAUCAGGCCCCAUAAGCCUCUCGUAUCAUGGUCUACACUGGUUUGGCAUAAAGCAGCUAUACCAAGGCAUGCUACCACUGCCUGGUUAUUUGUCCUAAAUCGUAACCCGACGCUAGACCGCUUGCAAAGUUGGAACCCGGAUAACCUCACUACAUGUCUCCUCUGUGGGUCGGGAUUAGAAUCGCGGGAUCAUCUGUUUUUUGACUGUGCCUACUCAGUUGUAGUUUGGCUCCUAAUCACUCGUAGACUCAAUCUCCAUACUGCUCCUUACAGCUGGAAUGCCACCUUGACAUGGCUGCCCACUGCUCAUAGUGACAGAUAUGUGCGCGUCGCUUUGCUACAAGGCUGGCAAGCAGCCAUUUACGGUAUUUGGUUUGAGAGAAAUACUCGCUUCCACACUGGUCUUACUCAUUCUCCUGAUGUUGUGGCCAGGAAUUCCCUGAGAAUUGUCAUUGAUAAAUGCUAUGCCAUGUGCUCUCUUGGAUCUGCCUUAGGCUCUCUCUUGUUGCAGAUUUGGCAUCCUCUCUGA